CCACGGCUGUCAGCCAAUCAGCAUUAAAACCACACAGUUUAUAAUGUAUAAUUGAUAUCGUUGAUAAAUAUGAACGAUCAUUCUCUCCCGGUGCUCCCCGUCCUUCUAACGCAAGACAACUCCCUGCAUGGGAACCGGGCUUGACCGUGUGCCAUGCGUUCAGACAACAUACAUUUUCUAGAAAUGUACCGACGUUAUUGAUGUUGUUGGAGACUUAUUGUGCGCGGAGAAACCCCAGUCCUGACACAACAACAUGCGAUUCAAUGGGAUGUAAACAUGGCAGGGCGGUGUGUUGUAAUGGCAUUAGACAGGCCACUGGUCAAGCGGUGAUAACACGAGAAGAGCCCUCUGUGUCUAUCGAGAGCCGCUCUUUUACAUAUAAAACCGUAUUAUAUUAUUACACACACACACACACACACAAACACACACACACACAGGGCCAGUGGCCACACACCCAUAAUCAAUUUCGCACGCGUGUAAAACGGUUAAUUUAGCAACACAAGCUCCAAGGGUUUGUAUGAUAUAUAUAUAUAGGCUAUUUUCCUCUAACGAAAAACCUCUUAAUUUCACAAACUGUUGAAUUACAGAACUAGAGAUAGCAGAGCGGAUAAUCGAGGUUAUGUAUGCAUCUGAUAAUUAAUGUAUUUCAUAAAGUUUAAUCGAUUUAGUGCUCACUUCCAUUUCAGCCCGGAUUGUGAGGAGACGCUGACAUUGUGCUAUAACCACCGUUGGCAUUAUACGCUUAUGACCCAAGAGGCGCGUGCCAGUGUGUUUCAUAUCACGUUGGAUGCCACUGAACAAUAACUUUAAACCAAUUUAUGGGGAGUCAAUGCGUUUAUGAAAUCUUUCCAUGGGAGCCACAAAUUGAAACGCGUUUAGUUUGGUUCUAUAGUCAGACACUCUGAGGUGACACACAAGCCCCAUACACAGGCUAUCACUCUUACACUGAGAGAAAGGCGACAUCUCGAACAACAUCAAAUAAAAUAUGUAAUUCCAGAAAUCAGAAUCAUAUCAGGAGUUUUUCUUGCAUAAAGACGUCUGGCUGAGGGGGUUAACUUCGCGCGCAUUAGUAAUGCAUGAGUAGUGGGAGGGGGCUGGCCGUGCGCGAUGCCCCCCAAUAGACUCUCGAGACAUUGUCAUGGAAAGAGACCACCGCCUCGCUAUUGUCUCGCGGACUGCCAAGUUUAUUAUAAACACUGCGCGAGCUGGCCGGUGCGCUGUCAUACGGAGCGCAAAGCGAGGUGGUCAGGCAGGGAUCGAGAGAGAAGCUGAUGUGGAUGGAAGAGGAAGCUACUGAUACUGAGAGAGAAAAGAAAGAAAGAGAUUUCAGGAAUAUUGCACCCACAUGUAAACACCCUGCUUUGACUGAAAACAAGAAAACCAAAUUGGAGAGAGGGGCUGCCUACUCGGGGAUCUUAACCUGGUCCUUGGAGAAAUUAGAAAAACUGAACUCAUUCUGUGGUGUUUUUCCAUCGUCAACGUUUUAAUUCCUCUCGAAUCCUGAGAAGUACAUUUCAUCAAGCGCUCUCCCAGAGUUGUCGUUCUCGCGUCUCCAUGUAUAAAAUGGAUUACUCCUACCUGAACUCAUAUGACUCGUGCAUGGCGGCCAUGGAGGCAUCGGCCUACGCGGACUUCAGCUCCUGCAGCCAGGCCAGCUCGUUCCAGUACAACCCGAUCCGGACCGGGUUCGGUGCCAACCCGGGCUGCGCGCCCCUCAGCACCGCGAACUGCACACUGGGGUCCCUGCGCGAGCACCAGCCCACACCCUAUUCCACAGUUCCAUAUAAGUUCUUCUCGGACCCUUCUGGUUUGAACGAGAAGCGGAAACAGCGGCGCAUAAGGACCACCUUCACGAGCUCACAGCUGAAGGAGCUGGAGCGCGUGUUCGCAGAGACCCACUAUCCCGACAUCUACACGCGCGAGGAGCUUGCACUCAAGAUCGACCUUACUGAGGCGCGGGUACAGGUAUGGUUCCAGAACCGGCGGGCUAAGUUCCGUAAGGUGGAGCGUGCGGCCAACUCUAAAUCUGGUAACGGGACCGGGGGCCCAGGAGGGAACAAUGGCUGUACCGGGGGUAAAAAGGGUGAGCCCAGAUCUUCCUCGGAUGACGACGAAUCAAAAGAGUCCACCUGCAGUCCCACCCCUGACAGCACCGCCUCGCUGCCCGGCUCAGCCAAUGGGAACAUGGGUAGCCCCGCCAGCCUCAGCCCCAGCCCCGCCCCUGCUAACAGUGGCUACGCUAACACCUCCAGCUCCCCCGUUCUGCAGGGGCUCAAACCCCCUGGUUGGCCCAGCCUAGGCCCCGCCCACCCAGGAAUGGCCCAACCCGCAGCCCAGGCUCCAGAGCUGCUGAAGGCGUGGCAGCCGGCAGACAGUAUGACAGGGCCUUUCGCUGGCGUGCUCUCCUCCUUCCACCGGAAACCCAAUGCUCUCAAGACUAACCUGUACUAGAGACAAGGAGCAGAGAUCUCUAGUAUAAUUACUGUAUAUCUAUACAGACUAACCUGUACUAGAGACAAGGAGCAGAGAUCUCUAGUAUAAUUACUGUAUAUCUAUACAGACUAACCUGUACUAGAGACAAGGAGCAGAGAUCUCUAGUAUAAUUACUGUAUAUCUAUACAGACUAACCUGUACUAGAGACAAGGAGCAGAGAUCUCUAGUAUAAUUACUGUAUAUCUAUACAGACUAACCUGUACUAGAGACAAGGAGCAGAGAUCUCUAGUAUAAUUACUGUAUAUCUAUACAGACUAACCUGUACUAGAGACAAGGAGCAGAGAUCUCUAGUAUAAUUACUGUAUAUCUAUACAGACUAACCUGUACUAGAGACAAGGAGGAGAGAUCUCUAGUAUAACUACUGUAUAUCUAUAUUGUCCUUCCCCCUCUAUCUACUGCCCCCCGGAGCGGGACUACCCCCUUUCAUUUAUUACCACCCGAACACUCCAUGUGGCAGUUGUAGUUUGUGAAUGUGUGAGUGUUUGUGUUGAAGUGUGUGUAACAUGCAUCUCGUACGGGGAGUGUGUGUUUGUGUGUUUAUGUAUGUAUGUGUGUGUGUGUGUGUCAGUUGUUCUGUAUGUUCUCACUCCAACAAAGCUACACAUACUUCCCAACACACACACUAUAACCAGUACGAAAGGCCUUAGCAGACAUUGUGGUGCACUUAGUAACAGUAGCUCCUAGCCCCUGUUCCCCCUGAUUAGUAUGUGAACAUGGCAGGGUGAAGGUAAACAGUCAGUCUCCCUGGGGAGUCUCACAGGGAGACUCAGGGGACAAAACCCAAACUGUUACCAGCAAGCACAACUUCCUUUAUAUCCCUGGCAGAGAGAGGGGACCCCCAAAUCCCUCUGUACUGGAGAGGGGACCCACAAAUCCAAUUAUACCCCUGAAGGCCAGACCAGACCCCCACUCACAUCCUCACUACACCCCACGCCAAUGUACCCCGACACAACUCCUACUGUCAGACAACCCCCCCGCCACCCCGAUCCCCGUUUCCCUGGACGACUAGCUCAAACAUCUCACAUAUACGUAUUCCUUUACCCUUCACAUAGUGACGCUCCCUCCCUGACUGACUGGCUCCCUCCCUGACUGACUGACUGGCAGGCUGGCUGGCUGGCUGACUGGGGGAAGGUGGGGGCAGAGGUUUAAGAUGUUUUGGGAUUCAGGUCAGCAUUGUUGUACUUCCUCUGACCUGAGCUUGAACACUAGUGGACCAGUGGUUGACCUUUAUUAUUGCAUAAAACACAUCACUCUAAUGGUCUGUGACACUACUCCCCGUGUCCCUCUCUCUCCCUCUCCCCGUGUCCCUCUCUCUCCCCCUAUGUUACUAAAGAGACGGCACUCAUGACAGCUAUACUGGAGAACAGUUAUUUAUUGAUGAGAAAAUAAUGGAAUAACAAUAAACACGUUUUCGUGACCAAAAGCAGUGUCUUUUGAAAUAGACAGAUAUCAAAAUGUUGUAAUUGAACAUGAUUUGUAAAUAAUAAUAUAAA